CACGCUUCCCACCCAGCAACUCCGGAGGAAGCAGAGGCUCGCGGCCGCCCUACUGCGCAGGCGCCAACCCUCCGCCCGCAUGCUCAGUUUGAGGAAAUAACCUUUGCACAAGCCCGGCGCGGGAGAGUCUCCAGAGUCUCUUUCCACCUUCUCAGUUAGUUCUGGCAGGAUUGUACUGGAAUAUCAUUUGGAACAAGUGUCAUGGACGUUUUACGCCCACAGCUUAUAACAAUUGAUGGACGGAACUAUAGAAAGAAUCCCAUCCAGGAAAAAAAUUACCAACAUGAAGAAGAGGAGAGUUUCUAUCAAGACUCCAUGGACUACUCUGAUGAGCCGUGCGAUGCCUAUGAGGUGGAGCAGACCCCUCAAGGAUUCCGGGCCACUGUCAGCGCCCCUAGCCUGCUCUACAAGCACAUAGUUGGAAAGAGAGGAGAUACCAAGAAGAAAAUAGAAAUGGAGACUAAAACAUCUAUUAGCAUUCCUAAACCUGGUCAAGAAGGAGAAAUUGUGAUCACCGGUCAGCAUCGGAACGGUGUGGUUUCAGCCCGAACUCGGAUUGAUGUUCUCCUGCACACGUUCAGAAGGAGGCAGCCCUUCACUCACUUCCUUUCCUUCUUCCUCAAUGAAGCUGAAGUCCAGGAGAGAUUUAUGAAGUUCCAGGAGGAAGUGCUGGAGAAGUGCUCCAAGGAUCGUGGGGUUGACAGCUCCAUUUUUCAGAAUCCCAAAAAGCUUCACCUAACUAUUGGGAUGUUGGUACUCCUAAGUGAACAAGAGAUCCAGCAGACCUGUGAGAUCCUGCAACGCUGUAAGGAGGAAUUCAUUAAUGACCUUUCUGGAGGCAGACCCCUGGAGGUGGAGAUGGCAGGGAUCGAGUACAUGAAUGACGACCCUGGCAUGGUGGAUGUUCUCUAUGCCAAAGUCCACAUGAAGGAUGGCUCCAACAGGCUCCAGGAGCUAGUUGACCGAGUGCUGGAGCGCUUUCAGGCGCUGGGAUUAAUAGUGAAGGAGUGGAGCAGUGUGAAGCUGCACGCCACGGUCAUGAACACACUCCUCAGGAAAGACCCCAAUGCUGAAGGCAGGUAUAAUCUCUACACAGCAGAUGGCAAAUAUAUCUUCAAGGAACGAGAAUCAUUUGAUGGCCGAAACAUUUUAAAGAAGUUUGAGAACUUUUACUUUGGUUCUCUGAAGCUCAAUUCCAUUCACAUCUCCCAGAGGUUCUCAGUGGACAGCUUCGGAAACUACGCCUCCUGCGGACAGGUUGACUUCUCCUGAAGUCAGUAUGGAAAGCACUAGAAAUGGAAUGUCUUCCUAAGGAGAGCAGCAGACCGUGACUGCGGUCAUCAGGAGUCUGGAAACAUGGUGGCCACAGGCCCUCCGGCCUCCAGCUGACGGGCGGAGGAGGGAGCCCCAGCCCACUCUCCUCCCCCUCGGUCUUCACUCCUCCUUUUCAUCCUCUUUCUUUCUUGUUCCUCACUCCUUUCUGUGACGUCUGCUCCUGAGCUCAGUGUUAAGGUCUGUGCUGUAGACAUUCGCUUCUCUGUGAGGCAGCACAGGCUAUUUACAAAUAAAGGCGUCCCCAGCUCACUGUGCUGUCUUUAAUAUUGUCAGGCAGUUGUGCACCAUUGUCACUGUGUUGGGGCUACAGGGCUUCAGUACUUACUGACUUAACUGUUCUGUUUACCAAGGACUCGCUCACU